AUGACUGAGUUUCGUAUUAUGCAUAUACCUGAAACUAGGCCAGAACAGCCUCCGAGAAAGCCAAUACGUAGUCGAUUUCAACGCCAUACAUCCAUUCUUAUAUGGAAAUGUUAUUUGCAAAGACAACGAAGAUGGGGCCUUUUACUCAUAGAAGCAGGAUUUGGAGUCAUCCUAUUUCUGGUAGCCAUCUGGAUAGCCAGGCCAGUGUUCCUGACACCACUGCAGGAUGAACCGGAACCGGCCCUGGCUUCAGCUGACGUCCUGGCUUCGUUGCACACGAACAACAUUUUGGGAUAUGCGCCGAAUAUAGAGCCUUAUAUCACGGUUAUGAGAAGGGCAUCUGUUCUUUUAGGACUUGAAAUAAUGAAAGCACCAACUGAAGACGAUUUAAAUGAGAUGCUCUACAAUCAGUCUCGAGGUGUACCUCUUAGGAGUCCUGUCAUCUGGGUUAUUUGGAAACCUAAGGACGGCAAUGUAUGGCAGCUGAAUAUCCGCAGCACGGAGCGAGCUCGUUACGUCACCAGCUUUGAGAACCGGGAGACCUCCAACCCUCACCUGCGGGCUGGCUUCCUUGCCGUUCAGCUGGCCAUCAGCCAAGCCAUCAUCGAGUACUCCACUGUUGUCACGCCGAAUUAUGAGAUAAAGCUGGUGGCUAUGCCAGUAUCUCCGCUGAUGGAGGAGUCGGGAGUACGGAAGGCGCUGUCAGGCAUUCUGCUCUGCAUCACCCUGGCGCUUAUACCGCCAGUGUUGGAAACUCAGGCCCUGGUCGUCACAGAAACUGUCAACAUGUUUAAACGUGCUCUCCGCCUACGUAACGUGGGCUACUCCUCGAUGUACGUGAGCUGGCUAGUCUACGCUUACCUGACGGCGCUGCCCAUCUGCGUCCUGGCGUCAAUCACCCUCAUCCUGAUAUUCAGGUGGAUACACUUGUUCGCCGCAAUGCUGGUGGUGCUGGCGUAUAUGUCCGUCAUGAUCAUGCUAGCUUUGAUGUUGGGGAUGUUUCACAAUAAAGCGAUCAUCGCAUGCAUCUGGACCACACUAUUCACGCUCUUGCAAACGUACCUUGCCGAACUGCUAGUCCAUCAUCAGUACGACUUGAAGCACAGUGCGCUGACAUUUGUACUGCAUCUGAUUUUACCACCUAUGGGACUGGUGCACGCCUUGAAUAAAUUCGCAUUGCUGCAGACUGGACGUGAACAUGGAAAAGAGAGUGAAACCAGCUCCUUAGUAUACAUGAUAACGUCUUGGAGCAUCAUGAACAUGUUGUACUUCGGCGUGCUGAUGAUGCUGCAGCGCACCAUCGGCCAGCAGCGAGCUAUAGGCGGCCAGGUGUCAUGGAAGUCUAUCAUAUUCAAGAAGGUUGAAGAUCACAACCAAUUGCGUCAGAUUGAAGCUCCUCUGGGAAACAAGCGUGGAGAUCUGCAAGAAGUUGACGAGUUUGUGGCAAAGGCUAUCAGCUUUCGAGAUGUAUCCAAGAGCAUCAUGGGAGUCCCAGUGCUCAGCAACGUCACGUUCGACAUAUACCGCGGGGAGUACACUAUACUGUACACUGAGAGGGUCCAGGAAUUAAUGAUUCAGACUAUUGAUGACUUGAUUACCGGUUUAGCGCUCCCGGAUCACGGGACCGUCAACGUUCUCGGAGAGACUAUUCAGCACGACACUCAAGUUAUGACGUCACCACAGAUGAUGGGCUACUGCCACCGCUCUGAGACCCUCAUUGAAGACCUUACCGUUCACGAGCACUUUAUUAUGUAUACUAUGAUUUGCUUAUGGAACCAAAAUAAGAUGAGCAUAAUAGAGUACGCUCACAUUAGAUCAAAGCGUUUGCUGAAGGAGUGUGACUUAGAGUCGGUGAGACACGAGCGCGUCAGGAACUUAAACAUGUACUACCGAGCUCAGCUGUGUUGGGCCAUUGCCAUGCUAUUGGAGCCUAGGGUCGUGGUCAUACCAUAUUUCAUGGACCUUACAGGAUAUAUCUCAGUUAUUACAGACAAAAUAAUGCAAUACAGGAAAUAUAUAACAAUAGUCACUCAAUACUUCUCAAGCAUUCAACUCGAGUCCGGGGAUCGAAUAUUUAUGUUCGACAGCAAGUUCCUGGUCUUUGGAGGCACUCCAGCCUAUAUGUUCUUCAGAUAUGGUCGCGAAUACCGAGUACGUAUGACAAUUCAUUCCGAUGACAAUUGUGAUGAAAUGAUGGACAAGUUAAUUGAAAGGGCGCAAAAUGCCGGGGCCAGAGUUCGAGCUCAUCUUGGUUCACUGCUCAUACUGAGGCUACCGGCGAACCCUUCUGCAGUCGUCGCUGAACUUGUGAAAGAUUUAACUGAAAAUGCAAGCAAAUAUGGACUGACUUCGUUUAACAUUAGCGUGCCUGAUUCUGAAGAGGUUUGUAGAAGAGCAAUAACGGAAUCAAGGUCCAGUGUUAGCUAUUUUAAGACUAUUGGCUCCGAAAGAUCUAGACGGGCGCUAACUAGACUUGCAGAACCAGUGAAAUGGAAGAGGCGCACUUCCUUCCUCAACACACAUAUCGGCAGCAUCUUUUGGAAGUUUUUCACAUUUCAUAUGUAUAACAAACUCAUUUUUGUUGUCACUCUAGUUGCAGCGGUGAUGGCGGGGGUGUCUCUCGGGCUGUCUCUGUUAUCUGUGCUCACUCACAUGGACGAUGACAAGGGCAGCAACAAGAAAAUAUUAACUGGAGAAACACUAGCUGUGGAAAACUUGGAAUUAAGCACUACCCUCGUGUUAAGGGUUGACGAUUCCCCCGCCGGCCGAUCCAUCGCUAAUGGGUAUGUGCUAUCAGAUACAAAAGCAACUGAACGUGAAAUACAGAAUAUGGAGUAUACAGCUUUGCCACACACAGAGAGUCUGACGGAAUACUUGGUGACCCGCGCCAUUGAUGCACCCCAACUGUACGUGUAUAUGUAUGCCUAUGGCAUGGAUGUCUCUUCUGACAAAAAUGGCUCUAUUUCAGUGCAAGCGCUGUACAGUCCGAUCCACCAUGACCAUGGAGCGGCAGCCCGGUCGCUGGCGAGAGUGUUCAUGGCACUCCUGCGUCACUACACGGGUUUCAUGGACGCUAGCAUCAAGAUCAAAGACGACCCCCUCGCCUUGGACCUCUCUCCGUGGAUGAAAGACGUGGCCAACCCACCUUUGUUUAUUCAGUUUCUCUUGAUAUUGACCAUUUCGCACAUCACGCUCUUACCAUCGAAGGAGUUUGGACUGGUUAGACACAUUCAGAAGCAUGCGCAGAACUUCUCCCCCUUGCGCUACUGGUUCACUCUGUACUUAUGCGACUUACUGCUGUACUGGAUCCUGGUGAUCGCCAUGAGCAUCAUCAUGAUCACGAUCAUUUUCGUCGCUAUCCCCAUGUCACACAUCCAGGCGGCCGAUCUUUUUAUAGUACCGUUCAUGCUGACCGUGUAUGGCAUCGGGUGCAUACCACAAGCGUAUGUGUUCAGUUUGGGGCCGCGGAUGGCUCUGAACACUAUGACCUUCAUCAUCGUCAACCUUGUCUUUGGUGAAACAACAACGGUAGCGAAGAUAUUUUACGGCGACGCUCUGAGCUACGCUCUGGACUUCAUGAGCCUGUCCCCGCAGUUCAACAUGGCUUACGCCUAUGUCAAGAUCAAGCAAAUAUUCCUCUACAAUAGCGAGUGUAUCAUAUUUCAGACCAAGAAUCUUUGCUCUGCGAAUACUUUCCACAAGUGUUGUCAAAAAUGUGGUGUGCUUCAGGAUUGUUUCUCCAGAAAAAGUUACUUUAAUCGCCAUUCGGGUGUCUUAAUGGAGGUGUCAGCGAUGUUCACGACGGCCAUGUUUUUCAUGCUGCUGCUUAUGCUGGUGGAGUACAGGUUAUUCUAUCGCAUCUGGCACACGGCCACUUCUACCUGGGCCAACAGGGACAAGCCGCUGGAUGACCAACUCUCUCCUGGCUGUGAGGAAGAGAAAAAGAAUGUUUUAAAUAAAAAGGCACAGCUUAGUAAAUUGAUGCAAAGUAACGAAGUAGACAAGUUCGGCGAGUACCUUCUAGCCGCGGGCAUAACAUUGCGUUCCGGGGGAGUCUACGCAGUUCACAACAUUUACCUGGGCAUCGGUAAGGGGGAGGCGAUAGCACUCUCCGGACUUAAGCGUCACGGCCGCACCUUGUUGUGCGAAGUGCUGGCCGGCUACAAAAGCCCCUGUGAUGGAAACCUUUGGGCCAUGUCGAAGGAUAAGCUAAUGACGGAGCCACAUCAGUACAGCCAACAUGUAUCAAUCAGCUGCCAGGAAGAUAUGUUGCCUUCGUGGAUGAAGGUCCGAGAAGCGCUCUCUAUGAUUGCGGCGCUGCGUGGCGUGCCCAAGAAAUAUAUCAAUGAAGAAGUUACUAACUAUAUUAAUGCUCUCGAACUCUACAGGGAAGCGAACAAACACAUAUGUGACAUUCCCCCGAUCGACCGCACUCGACUGAACUUCGCGGCCGCGGUGAUUGCCGCGCCACCCAUCAUUGUAUUAGACGAGUGCACGGCCUACCAGAAGUUCUCCGUCAGACGAGAGAUGUACCGCAUACUGAACAUGCUCAAAAAGAGGGGUCAUGCUAUCUUUAUCAGCUCUUUCAGCAUAGAGAGCCACAUGCCAGUGACAAACCGGCUAGCCUUCUUGCUGGACGGGCGCAUUUACGACUUGGACACGGUGGACAACCUGGUGGAACGAUACAGCGACAAAGGGUACACCGUCGUGGUACAUCUGAAGGACGAGGUGGAUGUCGAGCUCAUGUUUGCGCGCUAUUUUAGAGACUUCAUAGUCAAUGAUACUAGUGAGGUGCUCGUAAACGUCCAAGUACAGGACGCGGAUCUAACUUGGUCACAAAUAUUCGCGAAAAUGGAAGCUCUAAAGGCCGAGAAUCGGGAAGUGUAUUCGUAUAUCGUCACCGUAAUUCCUAUAGCCUAUAUUUACAAUUCCAUCAUGAAUAAGAGUACAGGCAAUCUGACGGCUAAAGGUAUGUUCUCGUCCAACUGGAUAAAGAAGUUGCUGUCUAUUAAACCUGAGGUCAUGCCCAAGCCUCAGGCUCUGAACAAGCUCAUACCGUUUGAUCAGAAGUAUGAUAUCACCAAGUUGAAGGAACUGCCUUGGUCUGUCAUAUUUCAUAGGUAAGUAGUUUUUUUUUCAACGGCUUUAUUCUGUUCGUUAUAUUUUUAUACACUUAUGGUGUAGAUUGUCCAAAGAAACCGCUAUUCAUUUUUUUUACUCUUGUCUCUUAUGUUUA